GUGGCCGAGCGGCUCGCGCUGGCGACUCGCAGCGGCGGCGGCGCAGGGAGGAGGAAAGUUUGUUCCCCGACGUCAGCGCCGGGCGGGCCGCGCGGCCAGGGGAGGCGGCGGGCGAGCGCGGGCGGCGGGGCGCGCGGCUCCGACCCGACCCGCGCCCGGCCCGGAGCAGGGACCGGCGCCCCCGGGGCCGCGGCAUGGACAGCGCGGCCGCCUUCGCCCUGGACAAGCCGGCGCUGGGCCCGGGGCCGCCGGCGCCGCCCGCGCUGGGGCCCGGCGACUGCGCCCAGGCGCGCAAGAACUUCUCGGUGAGCCACCUCCUGGACCUGGAGGAGGCGGCGGCCGGGCGGCUCGCGGCGCGCCCCGCGGUCAGGCCCGAGGCGCGGGAGGGCGCGGCGCGGGAGCCGUCCGGGGGCAGCAGCGGCAGCGAGGCGGCGCCGCAGGACGGUGAGUGUCCCAGCCCCGGACGGGGCAGUGCAGCCAAGCGGAAGAAGAAGCAGCGGCGAAACCGCACCACGUUCAACAGCAGCCAGCUGCAGGCGCUGGAGCGCGUGUUCGAACGCACCCACUACCCAGACGCCUUCGUGCGGGAGGAGCUGGCCCGGCGCGUCAACCUCAGCGAGGCGCGCGUGCAGGUCUGGUUUCAGAACCGCCGGGCCAAGUUCCGCCGAAACGAGCGGGCCAUGCUGGCCAGCCGCUCCGCCUCGCUGCUCAAGUCCUACAGCCAGGAGGCCGCCAUGGAGCAGCCCGUGGCGCCCCGGCCCACCGCCCUGAGCCCCGACUAUCUCUCCUGGACAGCCUCGUCCCCCUACAGCACGGUGCCGCCCUACAGCCCUGGAGGCUCGGGCCCCGCCACCCCGGGGGUCAACAUGGCCAACAGCAUCGCCAGCCUGCGUCUCAAGGCCAAGGAGUUCAGUCUGCACCACAGCCAGGUACCCACGGUGAACUGACGCCGGCCACCAGGACCCCGCCACCUCCCGGCCUCGCGACAGCUGGAGAGAGGGAGACCCGCGGCACGUGCCCUCCGCCUGAGCCGGGACCGGCUGGCGGGCGCUCC